GAAGGCAACUUCUACUACUACUGACCAAUCACUAGCUUGCCCUUGACCGCAGCUGAGGCACGUGAUUCCACAUUCGCACGAGCGAUCCACGCAUCGAGCAAGUACUCAAAAAAAACGGCGGAGGGCGGUCUACAUGGUCAUGCGCACUACGUUGCAUCACACGUUGGUUGCGAAGAAGUCAGCAGCAAACCUGGCAAAAUGAGCUGAGAAUUUGCCCGUAGAACCACCAAAUUUUGGUUUGAAAGUCGCAAAAGGUCUUUGAAGGCUAAAGCAACGCAUUCACAGACGUACAGUGCCCAGACAGACGGAGAGUCGCCGUUAAACGAUACCGGAAGAUGGCCUCGAAUGAGUCGUCCCUCCGAGCUUUGGAGAGCCUGAUGAAUGAGUUCUUCUCCCUAGCAACAGUUAAUCAACGGAAGCGAGAAAUAGAGGAGUUGUUGAACAAUUUCAGCGCACAGAGUGGCUCCUGGAGACACUGCUUCUACUUCUUGGCUCACACCCACAAUGAGUAUGUCAUGAUGUACGCGCUCAGCGUCUUUGAGAACUUGAUAAACAGGCAGUGGCUAGGGGUGGACGCACAGGACAAGAUGGAGAUACGAUCCAGCUUGUCCAAGUUCUUACUGUCUCACCACAAGCUGGUGCCGCCCUUCAUCUGCAACAAACUCAUCAAGGUCAUUGUGUGCAUCGGGAGACUAGACUGGCCCCACUUCUACCCGGACUUUUUUUCAAAUAUUAUUCAGCUGAUCCAUCAGCCCCAGAUGGUGACCCUCGGCCUCAGGAUGCUGCAGACGACCUCCGAGGAGCUUGCCUCACCCCGGGAGGACCUGAGCGUGGCCAGGAAGGAGCAACUGCAGAGACUGCUGCUGGACCAGAUACCCACCAUACUCAGUAUUGUAACACAUAUUCUUGAGACGAUAUUAGACAAGCAUCGGCAGUUGGUGACCACCGCUACUCCACCACCGUCUCCCACCCAUGGAGACUCUAACGAUGGCAGCCCUAGUCAUAUCGCUUAUGGCUCCUCACCACUCCAAUCAGGUAGCAGCAUUAUCCGUAGCAUGUUCAAGGCCACGCCAGUCAGCAAGCAGAAUGUGCUGCCCCUUCCCCCUCUGGACCAGGAGAGCGAGCAGGUCAGCCUGCUCUGCCUGGACUGCCUCUGCCACCUCUUCUCGUGGAUCCCGCUCUCGGGCAACAUCACGCCCAACCUCCUGACCACCAUCUUCCACUUUGCCAACUUUGGCUGCGACAUCCAGUCGGUGCAGGGCUUGGGCGGCAGCGCCUCGCCGCUGGCCCACAAGGACCCCAACAACAGCGGCAGCAGCAGCUUCAGCAGCAGCGGCAGCUCGUCGCUGGGCGUGCUGGCCAUGAGCUGCAUCAACGAGAUCAUGGCCAAGAACUGCGUGCCUACAGACUUUGAGGAGUACCUAUUGAAGAUGUUCCAGCAAGCCUUCCAGCUGCUGCAGAGGGUGACGAAGGAUAACACGGAACAGUCUGUUGGCAAUAAGAUGUCGGAACUUGACGAGAGAUACGUGGAGAAGUUUACUGAGUUCCUUCAGCUGUUUGUCAGCAUUCAUCUCAGACGGUUUGAAUCCAACACUCACUUUCCUGUUCUGGAGUUCCUCACACUACUCUUCAAGUACACAUUCCAGCAGCCAUCCCAUGAAGGCUACUUCAGCUGUCUGGACAUCUGGGCCAUCUUCAUAGACUACCUGUUGGACAAGACCAGUACCUCAAGAGGCGCCAACUCAAACAACCUUGUACACAUAGACAGAUACAAAGACGCGUUGGUGUCACUAAUCACUGAGAUUCUGCACAAGUUGCAGUUCCGCUGCAACCAAUCACAGCUGGAGGAAAUAGACGACGAGAUUCUCAAUGAUGAUUCAGAGACAGAGUGGCAGAAUUUCUUGAGGCAGUGUCUAGAGAUCAUUGCGAAGGUAGCAGAGCUCCUACCCACGGAGGCUUUCAGAGUAUUGUAUCCACCGUUUCAGGAAUAUUUGGACAUUUACCUGGGACUCGGUCAGUUCAUCACAGAGACACCAGAGGGUCAAAGGUUAAACAUCACAGCUGAGCAUGAGUGUAGGAGACUACACUGUACAUUGCGAGACCUCAGCUCCUUGUUCCAGGCACUGGGAAGACUAGCUGAUCACUUCAUCGCUGAGAGGUUAUCUGAGCGAUUUGAUGAUGCACUUUCAUUAAUUGACAAGUUUUGUCAGGUGACAGUCUACGGGACUAAGAUGAAGUUGUAUAAAGUUAAGACAGCUAUCCCUACCGUACUCAAGGCAGACUUCAUUGAUGUCCACGCCCAGGCCCUAGCUGCCCUGCAGGCGUUCACACACUGGAUAUCUCAGUUCUACGGCGAGGUCCAGAGGAACAGCCAACACCACGAUAAGUUUGUGCCGCUGGUCACCAACAUCAUCAAUGCCGUCACGCCGCUACUAGCCAAACAGGUUCCCGAGAAGAUUCUCGUCUCAGCUGCCCACCUGUUCCUGUCUGUAGCCACAACUGUCAGACCGACAUUUCUCAUUGAGCUUUCCUCAGUACAGAUGUUAUUCAAGGAUGUCAGCGGUGGGUCCUUAACAGGGCUACAGGAUGAGGUUCAGCUAUUAGUUUGUAGGGGCUUAUCCAACAUCUUGAUCCUGCCCUGGCCCAACGUUCCCGAGUCGGACCAGCAGUGGGUGCUGCGGUCCGAGCACCACGCUGAGUUCAUCCAGCGGCUGACCAAAGAGUUCUGCUCGCUGAAGACUGUCUCCCAGCUUGCCAAGGACAAGAGUUUACAGGAGAGAGCCAAGCCAACGAUCAGAAGAGCGUUACAGUUGCUGUCAGACCAGGUGGAGUCCAUUGCAGGGGAGGUAUCCAAGACCAAGCAGAUCUGUCACAACUCCUUACAGGACUCCAUCGACGUCGCCCUCUAUCUGUUCCCAAUCUACAUCCAGCAAUCGGACGUCAUCAAUGACAUGAUGGGGUUCUACCUGGCCACAUUCCAGAGUCUUCGCGUCCAGAUGGGCAUACCGGCCAUCCAGCACACCAUCACCAUCUUCCUGGAUUUAUUCACAAGAGAGAGAUUAACAGAAACAAUUCUUGAAGAGGGAAAUAAAGGAAGAGGUGUCGUAGAAAAGUUUCUUCAGAUUCUGGAGAUCAUUGUCCAGGAACCAGGGUCAGCCUUCAAGGCUUUCCUGCCCACCAUCAUCGGUAUCUGUAUGGAUCACAUCUACCCGAUUGUUGCCCAGAGAGCAUCACCGGACAUCAAGCCGGCACUGUACAAGCUCCUGUUUGAGUUGCUACACAGCAAGUGGCGUUACUUCUUCUCGGUGUCGGUCUUGACAAAGCUGCAGUCGGGUACGGAGACCGUGGAGAAUGAACAGCAGUUUGUAGCAAUCAUGCAGGCAUUUGGCCAGUCAUUUCUGCAGCCAGACAUCGACAUCUUCAAGCAGAAUCUGGAGUCACUAGAGACGCUCAAUGCCAAGUAUAAACUGUACCAUAAAAAAAUCUUUCGGGAUCUGAUGUUGUACUCGUUCCUCAAUGUCUUCCUGCAAGUCAUGCUGCACAAGUCACAUGACCUGCUGCAGGAGGAGAUUGUGGUCACCGUCUACAACAUGGCGGCAGUGGACUUCCACAAUUUCUUUGGGACGUUCCUGCUGCAGUUCCUGCAGAGCUUUGACGGGCUGGACGGGAACCAGCGGCAGACACUCGAGUGCAAUUACAAGAAAGACCAGGAUCUGCCAUCCUUCACCCAAAAUCUGGCGAGACUCAUCAACGACCUGAGGUACUACAGAAUAUGCAACAGUGCGCUACCGGCCGGCUCUGUGAAACUGCUAUGAUGAUUGGAGAGCCUCAAGUCUUCCCAAAGGUUUGGACCAAUCGGGCAACGGUUUACAUUGUUUCCAGCGAUAGGAACAUUUGAUCCACAUUUAUAAAUAAUGCUGUUCUGUUUAUUGUUAAUAUGAAGAAACUGGAAAAAAAAGUUGCAAUUUAAAGGUCAAUCGCAGAGCUGAUAUAUACGAGAGUUGACGAAUUUUUGAGGAAGGGAAGCUUUGAGGGGGAAACAAAUUGUUGAAGGAGAAUAAUCUUGUGAAAAGUACACUUUUUUUUUUGAAGAAAUGCUUUUUGUUUUGAAAUUUUUUUUCCACCCUGACAAUAACAUAUUUUCUUUGAAAUAUAUCUACAAGUUUAUCUCCUAAUUUGAAUUUGUCUCAAAUUGAGCUGGGGAAUGUUCAAGAUACCUGAUUUUUUCUUUCCCUUCCUUUUCAUUACUCCUGUAGAUUCUUGUAUUUUGUACAUAUACGACAUGACAAACCAAAUACGUACACUUAUAUAUUUGUACUAAUUGAAACAAAAUAAUGACAGAAUGAUUCUUUGUAUUCUAUGAAUGGCGGGGGAGCAUGUUUGAUAUAUAUUUUUGGUCGAAAACUGCCGAAAUUAUUAGCCUCAUUUGAAGUUCUUGUUCCGUGUAUACAAUACUUGACGGCUGACCAUUGUGUAGUUUCCUAUGUAUGUACACUUUGCAUGUAAAAUUAAUGUAAGUACGUAUUUAUGAAGAGACACAUGUGUACAUAGACGAAAUAGCUGUUCAUACGGCGAAGCAAAGAAUACACGGCAUUUCGACUGACUAACAGGCAAAAUUGUGUCCCACUCAUGCCCAGGUCUAAUUCCAGUUAUCUUUUAUUUAAGCCUUAACGUUCCUUUUUUUUUUUUUUUUUUAAUACCUGACUUCAGUUGCUCAAGUAUUCAGAGUGUGCAUGAAAAUACAAUUGACUCAUGUCAAUUCAAACUUGGUAAAGACUAACUCCUGAUUAAGAUUAACUCGGCUCAGUGCUUCGAUGGGACAGCUGGUGCGCUCCAAAAUUUGGAUGCCGCAAAUAUAUUGGCAAGGUCCCAUAUUAACCAGGGUUGACUGUACAGACAGCUUGGUCCGUCUGUGUUCAUAACAGUCACUCUUUAUCUGCUAAAGAAUCGGUUCCUGUGAGUGUAGCAUACUGGUACCAAGCAUGAUCAGAAAUAGGCCAAGUGACUGUGGAAGUUGAGACUGGAUGCAUAAAUGACCACAAUGGCCCUGAGGAACCUUAGGAGAUUUGCAGUUAACCCGAAAACAGAGUAGUGAGAUGUGUUGAAUUAGGUGUAAAAGUGGGAUUGGUGCAAACCACCGGGAGACGGCAUUCACCUCAGCAUGUUGACAUUUGGAGGAAUCGGAAAUUUUGUUUGAAGUGACAGUAUCCUGUGUGAAGAUGGUUUACAGUAUUUUGUGACAUGGCAGCUACCUUUUGAAAAAACUAUGUAUCAUGAUGGCACAUGACACCACGUUUUCCUGAAUGCAUGCAUCUGCUUGAAUGCAAUUUCAGCAAGAUUGGUUUCUGUAUUCAGCAUUAAUGAUUGAAUUUCAAGAGCACUGUUUGGAAUUUUUGCGGGAGUUACCAAGUGGUACAGUUGAAUUUCAUAUUGGCACCAAAAGAGGGGGCAGUUCACGGUUAGGUACGAUUGGGCUUGAGGGUCAUUCUAUAAAUUCACACUCCAAAAGUGUGACUUUUUGUGUCCAUGUCACACCUGCUCGGUGUAAUUUGACAUCAAAAUAUCACUGAAAUUGAUUUCAAACUAUUUCUAUUUGUUUGGCAGGUAAUUUGCAUUAUUUCAUCACUCAUUCCAUCAUCAUUCCUGGUCACUGUUGAGACUUCUUCAAAGGUAGACUAGCCAAAUGAGGCAACUUUGGUUCCAAAGAUGCAUGUGAAAAAAAAUCACAGCUCUGUCAUUGCAUCCGAGCAAGCUUUUACCGACUUAUUCAGGUUGAAUGGAAAGGUUGCUAGUGGCGAGUUACAUUGGCUUGAUUGGGGUCACAGACCAGAAGGGCUCAGAUCACAAUAUCAUAGGGUCACUGUGUUCCGAGUACUAGGACAGAUGGCAAAAUCAACAGCCAAAGUUAACAUUUCUGUAUUGUCCCAUUACCUAAUGUCCACUCCUAGUUCUGACAGACUGUGUGUCUAAGGAAAUCAUACAAGCUUACUUCAAAUUUGUAAAUGCCAGAAGACAUUACACUAGUACCAAUGGCUACCAGUUACCAUGUUAAUUAUGAUAAAAUACUUCAAAGGAUUCAUACACUUGAAACAUGUACUACUAUUUCAUGUAAGUCUGUCUUUCAGUAAAUCUGCUUUCCACCACAUAGGCAAGUGUCAGCUCCAAACUUCACUUAAAAUAAUGUACACCUUGAAGCCGUUGGUGUGAAAGCUGUUUGCUACACUGGCAUGUAACACCGAUGGACUGUUGGCUCUAUUCAAGAGUAUAGUUUACAACAGUUAACGUGCAAAACACAAGUUAGUGAUAUCCACCAUGCCUAUUCGCUCUUUGCACGCUGCUGCUAUAGACAUGCAGAGCCUCGAUAUAUCCAGUUCAGUGAUUCCCGUUUAUGUUGCUUGUGUAAUUUUGCACGUGCUGCGUUAGUUCUUUUACCAUGCGACUGGACAAAGCGACUCUGACGCGAUUGUACAAGCUGCCAGUUCGAGGCUCUGCAUGCCUAUGGCGGCAGCGUGCAAAGAGCUAAUACUCGGCCGAGUUCCUCUCAUGGGAUGAUGCUAUGAUUAAGUCGAAAGUAGAUCACAGACACUGUACCGAUGUGUUCGAUUUCUUCCCACUUGCUUAUCCGUGAUAUUGUCAUAGGUUCAAGUGAGCAUGUACAAUAUGUGGUAAUAAUGGGACAGAUCUCGGGUUACUCAUUGUGCCCAAAUGGGUCAAAAAGUCAUGCAAACAUUAAAUUUGUAAGAUGAAUUCAAACGUUCAAAGGCAAUGGACAUCUAUAGACACUGUUUGGCCUUUCUUACAUGUAACUUUCUUGACUGGAGCCAACUUGCCCUUACAUGCAAUGAGUUUUCUGAACUGUUUGCCAGAGUAUCAGAUGCCCUUCCCAUUGUUCAACUAUAAAAAGCUGCCAUGUUUUUGCACUGCACUGUGGGACACUUCCACAAGUAACCGGCAGUGGCGUUUUAACACCCGAGUGAGCACAGAGAAAGUCAUUGCACGCGCUGCACAUGAAACGAGUCUACUACGUCAUGCUGCCUGCAGCUUGUGUGGUUUUCUCUGCCAGUUACAAGAGACAGGUUUGAGACCACUCAAACACAUCAGUCGUACAUCAGCUGGGCUUGCGGUCUUUUUUUUCCUGAGAGUCAAGAUAGUGUAUGGAGAGUCUAAAAGGAAAUAAGAGCAGAAAAAAAAUUACUGUUAAAACAGUGAACAAGGAUGAUCAAGUAAUAUAAACUUGCAAUUCAACUCUGCUAUUUCUUAUGUUGGUCGGACUGGUUUGUCUGACUUCUCAACAUCAGCCUCCCAAGAUUGGAUGCACUGCCAUUUGCUAGAGCUGUGGCAGAGAGCCAGCACCAUAUCCAGCCGUGAUAACAUCCGAUCCUAGUUUGAACUGAAGAUGUUCACACCAACUUCAAGUCUGCGAAGAGCCCUUGAUCAAAUUUGUUCACUGUUAACUCUAAUAUCUUAAAUCCAAGACAUGGUGUUUGGGCUUUGGCAAACCUAAAGCCUUUCUGGGAUACCAAUCAAGAUGGCUAGAACGUGUAAAAGGUUGCACCCUCUGUUUUCUAAACAUAGUUUGUAUCAUUUUUGCUGAUUCAGUCUUUUAUAGAGGUUUUUUAGGUGAUGUAACAUGACGGGCAAUGGCAUUUCAAGAAACAUACCAUGUCCGUGGAAGUGAGUGCAAUUUCGAAUCUUCACUUUUCUGUUGGCAAUUUCAUGUACAGCAUAAUGUUGAGAGACUUUGAAGGCGUGCACGUUUCUCAGCACAUCUGUGUAUUAAAAUUGAAUGCCGACCGUCAAACAUCACAUGACUAAAAACCCUCUAUUGACAGGGCCUUUUGUGCUAUUUGUAAUUUACAUUUGUUACUAUGCAACCCCAAUGGACGCUGUAUAAUAUUAAAGACAGCUCAAUGAACUCCCGGGUUCUAUUUGAGUUUUUCUUUCUGUUUGUUUUGUUAUCACAAAAAUUUGGUGUCAUAGUUUGCAAAGUAGCCCUUGAUGGUCUAAAUUUAACGUUUUAAAGGGAACACUGCAGGGCAGUAGGCCCAUAAUUACGGAAAAUGUUCUAGAGAUGGUAUUGAAGUACUUUGGGCAUCUCUGUCAAAGACAAAGCUCUUAUUUCAGCCAAAUCAAGAUUUUGUUUUUCUCUCAUUUUUUUUCUCCAGUUGUUUGCAAGGGGUAACCCUGUAAUACAGUUUUUAUAAUAUAGAUAUGUGACAAUAUUCACACAGGGAAAAAAUGUUUUAAAAUAAGUAUGCUAAAAAUAACUUCUGAAGUUAAAAAUGCUCUUUUGUUAAUCUGGCAUCUUCAAGGGUAAAGGGUUUAGGAUUGCUUUAAUUUGAUUACAUUUUUUCCUGAAA